UUUUCCCCAAAACUCAUGCUUAUCAGCCUGUUCUGGCUCUGCUUCAAAAUCUCCCUCGCCUUUCUACUAGCCUUAGCUAUUUUUCUUUGCUAUACCAUUAUCUACAAGCCAGUGGUAUUCAGAAGGAAAUAUAGCAAGUAUCCGAAUAUCUUCGUGUCGAAGAAGUUCAAUCCUCUGAUUGGUGAUCUCAACAAUGAAAUGGAAUGUGUGAAGAAUGGAAAAGUUCAUUAUUAAUACUAUGAGCAGAAGGCAAAUGAGUUUACGAAAUAUGAUCUAUAUGCUAAGAUGGAAGGCACUCAGCCAUGUAUCCUUGUUGUUAGUAAUAAGGCAUGCAAAGAGUUCUCAGAGCGUUUGGUUAUGUCUAUUAAGAGAUGUAACUCAAGGAAGGGUAUGUCAGAGAUGUUAACUCAUUGGUUUGUGAACGAUAAGACAGAUAAGAGCACUCUUCAAAGAAGAAAGAACUUCUCACAAUGGCUGGGUCUCAGUUCUUCCUCCAGAUACAUCCCCAGGAUGAUUGAGAGUUGCCAAGAGGUCGUUGACAAAAUGGCUAAUGAAGAGAAGGCAUACAUCAUGAGCUAUAUGAACAUGGUCACCUUCAAUAUUUUCACUAAGAUUCUCUUUGGAGAUGAAGUUGAUGAAUUGGUCACAAAGCUAUACCCCUAUGAAAAUCCAGAUGGAGCCACUGAAGACAUCACUCUGAGAGAGUUUUUGAUUAGACUAACCAGAGAAUACUUAGCCACACUCUAUAACCCGAUAUGCUUCAUAUUUCCUUUCAUAUCCGACUACAGGCUACAGUCAUCCCAAAAUCUCUUCUUUCCUUGAUAACAAAUCUUUUUAAAAAGAACUACAGAUGACCCCCAAAAUUA